CUGCAGACGUGCGAAUCUCCGGGUCGUUUGAUUCGUGGUGUCGAUACAUGUACAACAGUGAGUUGUUGUAUGUAGUCAACUAGAGUGUGGUGGAUAAAUAGGCAAAUUGGAAUAAGCAGCAGGAAAAGGGAAAAUCCGACAAAAUCGUCCUUUGCGUUGCACCAUUAUUCGAUAUUAUUCCAACGGGCUUACUAACAGUCAGUCAGUGUGCAUAGUUCGUUGUCGCCGCGGAAGUGUGCCAAAUAGCAAACGGGAAGAAGCAAGGAAGAAGAAAAUCAGGGUGGACCUGAGCAAUCACAGCCAAGGGAUUUCCGUUUGGAGUGCUCUGGUGGAAAAUGCAAAGUGCAGUGAAGCUAUAAGGUGGUUCGGUUUUCGAUUCCCGGGUUCCCGCUGGUGUGCGUGUGCGUGAGUAUUUACACUGACGGACACCGCACCUCGAUGUGCCAAAACAAAAACAAAAACAAAACAUCGUCAAACUGAAAUAAAAUUAGAAAUCGAAUCGAAAUUCGAUUGGGAAAGUGAAGCACAACAUAGAACCAAGUGUCAACGCGCCGGCAGGCAAGAAAAGCAGUGUGAAAAGGGAGAAAAUUCAAUUAGAUCGCAAUUUUCAUUCAUUUGUGCACCGGAGACCGACACCGCCCCGAUCAUCGCGUGUCUGUGUUGCGGUGUAGUCCUCGGACCUUUCCCAUUUUCCGGUUGGAAAGGCUAACAACAACAUCAACCGCUUCGAUUACCUCAUACAUAAAACCAGAAGCUAAAGUAAAACCCGCCAAUUCAUGAGAUGCUGUUGCAGUAAUAGAUCGUCAUGUUCAGUUCUGUUCAACUCCUGCAUACACCUUGAACCUAUUAAUCAGCUGACAUUAGUGCCGCAAUUGUUUGAAAAGUAGCCUAGUAGUAGAGGACCGUUAAUAGCGUAACCGUAUUUUCAGCUCAUCGCCAUUCAGCAUCAUCAUAGUCAACAGCUGUGGCUCCAUCAUCACAAGCCUACAUAGCCACUAGAGCAUCCAUCUCAGAUCCUUAAAAGGAUAUAAUAUCAAGCAAGUACCCCCCAGCCAGAGCAGAAUCGUCUCAAAAUGGGAGCUAAAGGUAGCGUAGAGGCUGCUAAGUUGAACGCCGACGGCUGGAGCCACUUCGAGCGUGGCAGCAGCCGUCACUACAGCCAUAGACACAAUCAGCGAUCCCAGUCGCUGAACCGAGGCCAAGCACUUUCCCGGGCCGAUGCGAGUGUGAUGUGGUGACAGCAAGGAACCUCAGGAGGACAGGCUGGAUGCCCAAGUUGCGCAAUGGGUAACAAACUAAGCUGUUCGUGUGCGCCGCUAAUACGUAAAGCAUAUCGGUAUGA